CAGCCCAUAUCGACGCAACGGCAAUGCUACUUGCAUAUGGAAGUAGGACUGCAUUGAAAGCAAGUGGCUUCAAGGCUUCCGUACAGUCGUUAGGCCAUGAACUCUCUAACGCUCUAUCUACUCGCUCCUCUAGCCGUCUCAUUCGCUCAACACGUCGAGCAUCCAUGUGUGUCCAACAGCUCAUCCUUUGUUGUCUAUGAGAAAGCAGGCUCGGACUUGGUUCUUGAAGUCGCUGGCAAGGGCGACAGUUUUGUGCAGUGGAUGGCAAUGAAAGGAACGGCGAAUAUCAAACAGAGUGAGCUGGCCAGGCGCCUACGUGGAGGGCGGUCAAAGAGCGUCAACGGACGCCUUGUCGUGAAGUCGGUCGACAAAUUGAUGAAUGGCACUGUUUAUAAAUUUUCUCUAAAAUCGCCAAACGACGAAACACGUUAUCUGAGUCCUUGGAUGGUACUUGCCAUUGCAGAACCACCCAGAGUCCGACAUCACUAUAUUCGGAAACAUUUCCAGGUGCUGGCGGGAAAGGAUAUUCAAAUUUGUCCGAAUGUCACUGGAAUUCCUACACCUGGUGUACACAUUUUCAAGAAUUCAACUUCAGAUGAGACUGUGAGUUAUAGCAAUCGUUUCAAGCCAUCGUCCAGGCAGGGCUGCUUUGAAAUCAGUAAUCUGAGAAGAGACGACUCCGGACAAUAUAUUGUGUCUGCUGAGAACUGCAUUGGGAAAGAAACAACGUCCUUCACAAUCGAAGUACAACCUUUACUGUGCUAUCAGAUUGUGUCAUCGCCCAAAGAUGAACACAGUGAAGUUAUUCUGUGGGGUCAUAACAACAAGAGGCAUAAUUGUGGAGACACUUGGGUAGGAACAGAGAGCAUUAUAGUCUACGCCCUAGAAGACGAAGAUCUCACCCUGAAAGCCAAAGAAAAAAAGAAUGGAAGAUCGAGGACAACAGUCAUCUGGGUAGGAAGAAAAGGCUGGGCAACGCUCACCACCAGACAACUGGCUCAUGAGUUGAGCAGCCGCCGAGUCAACUUUGCUAAUGACAGAGGUUUUAUAACACUCAAGUCACUCCAUAAAAAACUGAACGGAACGGAAUUAAGAUAUAGGGAAAUCGAGGGAGAUAUCACUUAUUCCUACAGUGGGUGGGUACGUCUGAUUAUAGGAGGUUCUCCUCAUAUCACUCUUGUUUCUCACAAUUCAUUCCGUAAAAUGAAUGUUACUGAAGGAGAGUCGCCUCCUCCUAUCUGUAUUUCUGUGUCGGGAAUUCCCAACCCUGAGAUUCUGUUAUACCAGUCCACAGUGGAAACUCUCGAACCGAAGCAAAUGCAUACCAAAAGAUACAAUUUCUCGAAUGGAUGUUUACACGUCAGUCCUGUUGGAAGAGGCGACGGCGGCAAGUUGGUGGUCGUGGCUACCAACUGUUUCGGAUCCUCAUCAUUGGUCCUGGGACUUACAAUACAAAUACCAUAUCCAUGUGAUGACAACCAAAUAUUCUUUGGAGAUCCACCUGUGGUAACUGUUCAACCCUCAACAACCAUCAAAAAUGAUGAGACACAAGGGUCGACCAUUAAGAGUGACUUGCAUGAGGUCAUUGGCCCAACAGCCACCACAUCACCUGUCAGCAAAUCACCCGGUUCCAAAGAGACACCAAGCACUGAAUCGAUUGAGAGGAGGACGACCGUCAUGGCUUCACAAGCAAGAACAAAAUCAUCUCAGAGAGUGACAGAAGAUCUCACCCCAAAUCCAAACAAUCAACCUAGUGCAGCUGCACAACCCUCGGAUGGAACCGUCAACCACAGGCCAUUAGCUCAUACAGAGAAGCCCAACGAAAGUGGAACAGUUGGAAUUUAUCACCAUACACACGAGACGAGUAUAGAUAGCAUUAGGAGAUCGAAAGGCCGCGAGACUGUAUUGACUCGUACCCCGACAACAGAUUCCAUCGCUCCUGUCGUCGUCUUCAAUGUCUCGGAUUUGGAUACCACUGAUGCCUCAACCGUCGAUGAAGACAUGGAUACUACGACUGCAUCUACACAUCCCCGUACUAUCAAAAUGCCUGCAACUACACCUACAAUUGAAUCGGCAAUCGUUUUUAUCAACACAGAUUCAGGAUUAAAUUAUGGAAACAAUUUUCAUAACAACAAAGAAGUUGAUGGAAGUAUAUCUAGCAGUGGUCUCCCAUUUUGGUUAUAUGUUGUGAUCGGCACCGCCACUCUUAUCCUGGUGGUAAUAGCAGUGACAGUGACUGUCAUUGUGUUAAGACGAAGAAGGCAGUACGUACCAGAACCGGUACCCAAAGAUAUACCGACUGCUUGCAAUACAACUAGUGGUCACGAGACAGUGGAGCCGCAUCUGAGCACCAGCACGUCCAUUGACGUGAACAAAUAUGAACAGUAAAUAAUUAUUCAACAAGUCAUUGGCCGAUGAAGACUCUGCUGUUAGUGUAUCUCAUCAGCUAUCACAUUGGUAUCUAACUCUGUGGUGACUCUUAUAUUGAAUGUUAACAAGUGUGACAUACUGAUACACACUACUGUCAAAACUGAUUCAGAAAUUUGUACGAUUAUUGUUUUGCAUUUGGACUGAUUAUUAUUCAUUUAACAGCAAAGUAGGU